UUAUGCUGGGACGAUCAACUACAAAAUCCAUUCAUCUUGUAAGGAGUUUGGUGGAGAAACAUAUGGAGAGGAAGCGGGACUUACAAGUUACAUAUGGUGUUCUUUGACCUAGAAAAGACAAUAUGAUAAAAGUUCCAACGCAGGUUCUAUGGAGAUGUUUAGAGGCUAGAGGUGUACCUAUGGCGUACGCUAGGACGAUUAAAGACGUGUACGAUGUAGCCAAGUCCCGGGUAAGGACAUUAGUUGGACACUUGGACUCCUUCCCAAUCGUGAUGCGGUUGCACCAGAGAUCAGCUUUUUGCCUGUUUUUAUUUACCUUGGUGAUGGAUGAAUUGACACGUUAUAUCCAAGGUGAGGUCCCAUGGUGCAUGAUAUUGCAGAUGACAUAGUAUUGAUUGACUAGCUCGCGGCAGAGUUAACGCUAAGCUGGAGGUUUGGAGACAAACCUUGGAGUCUAAAGGGUUCAGGUUGAGCAGGAUCAAAACAGAAUACUUGGAGUGCAAGUUCAGGAACGUAAGGCAUGAGGCUAGCGUGGAAGUGAGGCUGGAUUCACAAGCCAUCAGAGAGGAAGUUUCAAGUAUAUUGGGUCUAUAAUUCAAGGAAAUGGUGAAAUCGACAAUGAUGUCACACAUCAUAUUGGUGCGGGGUGGAUGAAAUGGAGGCUCGCAUCCCGAGUCUUGUGCGAUAAGAAUGUGCCACCAAAACUCAAAAAGUGUUAUUGUCGAAGCGCUCAAGGUGGACAGUCUGCAGAAACUCUGCUCAUCACUGGAGCCAGUUCUUCGGAGAGUUGUUAGUGAAGAAGUGGAGCGUGCUUUGGCAAAACUUGGUCCUACUAAACUUAAUGCAAGGGUUUCUCCAAAAAGAAUUGAAGGGCCAGAUGGGAGAAAUUUGCAGCUUCAAUUCAGGUCUAAAUUGUCACUACCUCUCUUUACCGGAGGGAAAGUAGAAGGAGAGAAGGGUUCCGCAAUCCAUAUUGUCUUGCUGGAUGGAAAUACGGGCCAUGUUGUAACAUCAGGUCCAGAAUCCUCUGUUAAACUAGAUGUUGUUGUGCUUGGAGGAGAUUUCAAUAAUGAGGAUGAUGAUGGUUGGACUGAAGAAGACUUCGAGUCUCACAUUGUGAAGGAGCGUGAUGGGAAAAGGCCGCUUCUUACAGGAGACUUGCAAGUGAUAUUGAAGGAAGGUGUAGGUAGUCUUGGUGAAUUUUCAUUUACUGACAACUCUAGCUGGAUUAGAAGCAGAAAGUUCAGGCUAGGCUUAAAAGUUGUGUCAGGUUGUCGAGAGGGAAUUCACAUUCGUGAGGCAAAAACAGAAGCCUUCAGUGUGAAGGAUCAUCGAGGAGAAUUGUACAAGAAACAUUAUCCACCUGCAUUAAAUGAUGAUGUUUGGAGAUUGGAAAAGAUAGGGAAAGAUGGAUCCUUCCACAAGAGGCUAAAUAAAGCUGGCAUAUUUACAGUGGAAGACUUUCUACGACUCAUCGUGAGAGACUCUCAGAGGCUCAGAAAUAUCUUGGGAAGUGGAAUGUCAAAUAAAAUGUGGGAUGCUCUUGUGGAGCAUGCUAAGACCUGUGUUCUUAGUGGGAAGCUUUAUGUCUAUUAUCCUGAUGAUAUGAAGAGUGUGGGGGUUGUUUUUAGCAAUAUCUAUGAGUUGUGUGGUUUAAUCUCUGGUGGACAGUAUCAUUCAGUUGAUUCUCUUUCAGACGAUCAAAAGGAAUAUGUGGACAACUUAGUCAAGAAAGCAUAUGACAACUGGAUGCAUGUUGUUGAAUAUGAUGGCCAAUCUCUUUUAAGCAUUAGUCAGAAUAAAAGCUCAGAUGCUCCUCAGUAUGAUCUUACAACUGGCUCUCAGAACCAUUCUAGUUCUUUUGAUCAUCAACUCAAUCUACCAAGCGUUCCCGCUUCAACUUCAUCAGAGCAGCCUCCUAUAAAUCCAGGAUUGAACAUGGGAUUGGGAGGGUAUAACGGUAGUCUUAUGGGUACAUAUACCACAGAGUCUCAGAACACGAAUCUAAGUGUCAAUGAACAGUUAAGUGGUGCUUCAUUUCCUCAAAACCACUUCGUAGGCACGUCGCAACAAGCUCAGCCACCUGGAAGUGAGAGUAUAUUGGCCCUUCACCCAUCACAGUCUUCAUUUUCUAGCUUUUUUGCUGCUAGCACUCCUAAUACAUCCUAUCAAGGAGCUGAUGAGUUCUUCACCACUGAGGAAGAAAUACGCACAAGAAGUCAUGAAAUGCUAGAGAACGACGACAUGCAACAUCUUCUCCAUAUUUUCAACAUGGGUGGCCAGCAUCAUCAUGCUUCUUCUAGUACCUCAGAAGAUAAUAAUUACCCAUAUGCAUCAUCUUACAUGCCCAGCAUGUCUUCUUCAAGCUUUGGUAUUAAUGAGGACCGGACUCGUUCAGGAAAGGCUGUUGUUGGGUGGCUCAAACUUAAAGCAGCAUUGAGAUGGGGCAUUUUCAUCAGGAAGAAAGCCGCAGAGAAAAGAGCUCAAAUUAUUGAAUUGGAUGACUCCUAGAUUUGAUCUUUACACUUCUCAGUUCUCAUGGCAUCCACUUGGAGGCUGAAUACACUUCGAAUUUGAUUGCUUGUGACGUAUGUGUGCAAUGGGAUGUUUGGGCUUCCUCUCAUGAGUCAUGGGCACUAUCACUCGCUAUUUGAGUUUGUCGUUCAGCCAUGAAUACGCAUCUGGUGUGGUGCUAGUUUAGGCUCAAUCCAACAUCUGGAAGUGGUCUGCGAUUGUACUUACCUUCGAGGGAACAAUCAUUAGUUAGUGCUAAUGAUUUUCUCAGCAUAUGAUCUGUAUUUCUUGGUUCUGACGGAUUCCCGUGAUUAGACCCGUGUUGAAAAGUACAUGAGCUACUUCUUGGAGACAUGCAAGUAACUUCAUUUCUCUUAAACUCAAGAUGUUUGUUAGCUGCUAGUUUACUUUCUUAUUGAUGUUGACUAGUGUAAUUCCUAUAGUUUUGUUGCAAAACCUGUUUCAAUCAGAGAAUGUUUGCUUUGUAAAACAGUUGUAUAGGGAACUGAUAAAAAUAUGAUAUUUGGGUGCUUUAAGCAUUUGUUGUACA